AUGGACUCGGAGGAUGACCCCCUGCUGCAGGACGUGUGGCCGGAGGAGGAGCAGGAGGAGGAGGAAGCACCCGGCGGGGGCUGCAGGGGGUCCCGGGGGCCGGGGCCCCGAGCCGGGGCCGGCGGGCAGGGCUGCUGGCGCCGCUGGGCCUUGCCCUCCCGGCCCCCGGCCUCGGGCUUCUGGAGCACCCUGGGCUGGGCCUUCACCAACCCGUGCUGCGCGGGGCUGGUGCUCUUCCUGGGCUGCAGCAUCCCCAUGGCGCUGUCCGCGUUCAUGUUCCUCUACUACCCGCCGCUGGACAUCGACAUCUCCUACAACGCCUUCGAGAUCCGCAACCACGAGGCCUCGCAGCGCUUCGACGCCCUCGCCUUGGCGCUCAAGUCCCAGUUCGGCUCCUGGGGGCGCAGCCGGCGGGACCUGGCCGACUUCACCUCCGAGGCGCUGCAGCACCUCAUCUCCGAGCAGCUGCAGCAGCUGCACCUGGGCAACCGCUCGCGGCCCGCAGCCAGAGCCCCGCGCGCCGCUGCAGCCAAUCGGAGCGGGCGUCUUCGGCGCGAGGCCCCGCCCCCGGCAGGUCUGGCAGCCAACCAGAGUGAAGCCUCGCAGAACGCGGGACCCGAAAAGAAUGGGCGGCGCCAGCCCAGCGCCCCGCCCCCUGCAGGGACCGCGGCCAAUCAGAGCCGCCCGCGCCGGGGCGCGUCGCGCUGGGACUACUCGCGUGCGUCUGUGAGCGCCAACACCCAGACGCAUGCGCACUGGCGCAUCGAGCUCAUCUUCCUGGCGCGCGGCGACGCCGAGCGCAACAUUUUCACCAGCGAGCGGCUGGUCACGAUCCACGAGAUCGAGCGCAAGAUCAUGGACCACCCGGGCUUCCGGGAGUUCUGCUGGAAGCCGCACGAGGUGCUCAAGGACCUGCCGCUCGGCUCCUACUCCUACUGCUCGCCGCCCAGCUCGCUCAUGACGUACUUCUUCCCCACCGAGCGCGGCGGCAAGAUCUACUACGACGGCAUGGGCCAGGACCUGGCCGACAUCCGCGGCUCCCUGGAGCUGGCCAUGACGCACCCCGAGUUCUACUGGUACGUGGACGAGGGCCUCUCCGCGGACAAUCUCAAGAGCUCCCUCCUGCGCAGCGAGAUCCUCUUUGGAGCGCCCCUGCCCAACUACUACUCAGUGGAUGACCGCUGGGAGGAGCAACGGGCCAAGUUCCAGAGCUUCGUGGUCACCUACGUGGCCAUGCUGGCCAAGCAGUCCACCAGCAAGGUCCAGGUGCUGUACGGGGGCACGGACCUGUUUGACUACGAGGUGCGCAGGACCUUCAACAACGACAUGCUCCUGGCUUUCAUCAGCAGCAGCUGCAUCGCCGCCCUGGUCUACGUCCUCACCUCCUGCUCAGUGUUCCUGUCCUUCUUUGGGAUCGCCAGCAUCGGCCUCAGCUGCCUGGUGGCGCUCUUCCUGUACCACGUGGUCUUUGGCAUCCAGUACUUGGGCAUCCUCAACGGGGUGGCGGCCUUUGUGAUAGUGGGCAUUGGUGUGGACGAUGUCUUUGUGUUCAUCAACACCUACCGCCAGGCCACACACCUGGAAGACCCGCAGCUGCGCAUGAUCCACACCAUCCAGACGGCGGGCAAGGCCACCUUCUUCACCUCCCUGACCACGGCCGCCGCCUAUGCAGCCAACGUCUUCUCCCAGAUCCCAGCCGUGCAUGACUUCGGCCUGUUCAUGUCGCUCAUCGUGUCCUGCUGCUGGCUGGCCGUGCUCUUUACCAUGCCCGCGGCCCUGGGCCUCUGGAGCCUUUACCUGGCACCGCUGGAGAGCUCCUGCCAGACCAGCUGCCACCAGAAGUGCGGCCACAGGAGCUCCCUGCACUUCCCUGGGGACGUGUUUGCCACUCCCGAGCGGGGCGGAGGCAGCCCCGCCCAGGGUCCCAUACCCUACCUGGACGACGACAUCCCCUUGCUGAAUGUGGAGGAGGAGCAAGUGUCGCUGGAGCUCGGCGAUGUGUCCCUGGUGUCUGUGCCUCCUGUGGGCCUGCAGCCUCCCCCCGACAGGGGCAGCCGGGGCCACCUCAUCCUACAGCUGCAGGAGCUGCUGCACCACUGGGUGCUGUGGUCAGCCGUCAAGAGCCGCUGGGUGAUUGUGGGGCUCUUCGUCUCCAUCCUCAUCCUCUCCCUAGUGUUCGCCAGCCGGCUCCGCCCCGCCAGCCGGGCGCCGCUGCUCUUCCGGCCCGACACCAACAUCCAGGUGCUGCUGGACCUCAAGUACAACCUGAGCGCCGAGGGCAUCUCGUGCAUCACCUGCUCAGGUCUGUUCCAGGAGAAGCCCCGCAGCCUGCAGAACAACAUCCGGACCUCCCUGGAGAAGAAGAAGCGAGGCCCGGGAGUUCCCUGGGCCGGCCGGCCUGAGGCCGCCCCACAGGAUGCCCCAGGCACCGUGUACGUCUCCAGAGUGAAGAGCAAAGGCCACCCUGCUGUCUACAGGCUCUCCCUCAACGCCAGCCUGCCCGCCCCCUGGCAGGCGGUGUCCUCCGGGGAUGGAGAGGUGCCCUCCUUCCAGGUGUAUAGAGCGCCUUUCGGUAACUUCACCAGGAAGCUGACCGCUUGUAUGUCUACAGUAGGGCUGCUCCAGGCGGCGAGCCCCUCCCGCAAGUGGAUGGUGACAACCUUGGCCUGUGACACCAAGCGGGGCUGGAAGUUUGACUUCAGCUUCUACGUGGCCGCCAAGGAGCAGCAGCACACGCGGAAGCUGUACUUCGCUCAGUCCCACAGGCCCCCGUUCCACGGCCGCGUGUGCCUGGCCCCUCCCGGCUGCCUGCUCAGCUCCAGCCCCGACGGGCCCACCAAAGGCUUCUUCUAUGUCCCUAGUGAGAAAGCGCCCAAGGCCCGGCUCUCGGCCACCUUCGGCUUCAACCCCUGCGUGAACACGGGCUGCGGGAAGCCAGCGGUGCGGCCACUUGUGGACACAGGGGCCAUGGUCUUUGUGGUCUUUGGUAUUAUCGGCAUCAACCGCACACGGCAGGUGGACAACCAUGUCAUCGGGGACCCGGGCAGUGUCGUCUACGAUGGCAGCUUUGACCUCUUCAAAGAAAUCGGACACCUGUGUCGCCUGUGCAAAGCCAUCGCCGGCAACUCGGAGCUGGUGAAGCCGGGCGGGGCCCAGUGCCUGCCGUCAGGCUACAGCAUCUCCUCCUUCCUGCAGAUGUUGCACCCGGAGUGCAAGGAGCUGCCCGAGCCCAACCUGCUGCCGGGGCAGCUGUCGCACGGGGCCAUGGGCGUCAGGGAGGGCCGUGUGCAGUGGAUCUCCAUGGCCUUCGAGUCGACCACGUACAAGGGCAAGUCCUCCUUCCAGACGUACUCGGACUACCUGCGCUGGGAGAGCUUCCUGGAGCAGCAGCUGCAGGCCUUCCCCGAGGGCUCAGCCCUGCGCCGCGGCUUCCAGACCUGCGAGCACUGGAAGCAAAUCUUCAUGGAGAUCAUAGGAGUGCAGAGCGCGCUGUACGGCCUGGUGCUCUCCCUGCUCAUCUGUGUGGCAGCUGUGGCCGUGUUCACCACUCACAUCCUGCUCCUGCUGCCCGUGCUCCUGAGCAUCCUGGGCAUCGUGUGCCUGGUGGUGACCAUCAUGUACUGGAGCGGCUGGGAGAUGGGCGCUGUGGAGGCCAUCUCCCUGUCCAUUCUGGUCGGCUCCUCGGUGGACUACUGCGUCCACCUGGUCGAAGGCUACCUGCUGGCUGGAGAGAAUCUGCCCCUGCACCAGGAUGAGGACGCGGGCGCGCAGCGCCAGUGGCGGACGCUGGAGGCCGUGCGGCACGUGGGCGUGGCCAUCGUCUCCAGCGCACUGACCACGGUCAUCGCCACCGUGCCGCUCUUCUUCUGCAUCAUCGCGCCCUUCGCCAAGUUUGGCAAGAUCGUGGCGCUCAACACGGCCGUGUCCAUCCUCUACACGCUCACAGUCAGCACGGCGCUGCUCGGCGUCAUGGCGCCCGGCUCCUUCACGCGCACCAGGACCUCCUUCCUCAAGGCGCUGGGUGCCGUGCUGCUGGCGGGGGCCCUGGGCCUGGGCGCCUGCCUCGUGCUCCUGCGCAGCGGCUACAAGAUCCCCCUGCCCAGCGGAGCCUCCCUCUAG